GGCUUUACUGGGACCGACCGAGCUCCUGCAGGGAAUUAUCUAAUGCGCAGCAGUGAAUAUGUUAAAAGAGAAUGUCUGACAUUACAGGUCUUUACAUUAGUAAACGUUUUAUGAACAUCGGAGACACAAUUUGAUUUAUUGUUGUGCUCCAACUGUUUUCAAGUUUCCCAUCUGCACUUCACCAACGAUUUUCAGGGUGUUUGACAAUGUCAAAAAGGAAAAGCACCUCUUUUGAAGAGACCCACCCCAAGCGGGGAAAGCCAGCUGAGGAGGAUAAUGUUGAUGAAGUGGGUCCCAGCCAGCCUCUUUCCUUACAAAAGACUGUUGGGGAGGUGGGCAUUGUGGAGAGCAUCACUUUGAGGAACUUCAUGUGUCACUCACUGCUCGGUCCAUUCACCUUUGGUUCCAAUGUCAACUUUGUUGUCGGAAACAAUGGAAGUGGAAAGAGUGCUAUACUGACAGCUCUGAUCGUGGCCCUUGGUGGCAAGGCGCAAGCCACUAACAGGGGGUCUUCCCUGAAGGGAUUUGUGAAGGAGGGAGAGAGCUCUGCAGAUGUGUCCAUUACACUUCGAAACAAGGGGAAGGAUGCCUACAAACCAGAGGUGUUUGGCCAGGCCGUUAUCGUGGACCUGAGGAUCACACGAGAGGGCAUGAGGUCCUACAAAGUCAAGUCGAAGGCUGGUCAGCUAGUCUCUACCAAAAAGGACGAGCUGAUGGCCAUACUUGAUCAUUUUAACAUCCAGGUUCACAAUCCUGUGUCAAUUCUCACUCAAGAGAUGAGCAAGCACUUCCUCCAUUCCAAAGGAGAGGGUGACAAGUACAAGUUUUUCAUGAAAGCCACUCAGCUGGAACAGAUGAAGGAGGAUUAUACCUACAUCAUGGAGACUAAAACCGUCACCCAGAGCACUGUGGAGAAGCAUCAGAGCUCUCUGGAGGAACUUCAGAGAAAUUACAAGGAGAAGGAGAAGCUGUACAAUAGCUUGGCGUCGCUGGAUGAGAUGCAGGCCAAGUUGGAGGAGCUGCAGAACCAGAUGGCCUGGGCGCUGGUAACAGAGAUGGAGAAGGAAGUGAAGCCUUGCAGAGAAAAGCUGGAGUCUGAGGGGAGGUCCACCAUCAAGUAUGAUGAGAAGGUGGAGGAAUGGAAGGGGAAGGUGGUGGAGGCGGAGAAGAGGGACAAGGAGAUCCGUGAUCAGCUGGAUGACAUCACGGUGCGUGUGCAGCAGAUGCAGCCCAAGUUGGCCCAGCUGAGGGCAGAGGAGCAGGCUAAGAACAAGCUCUACAAGGCCUCCGAGACCAGCGUCCACAAGAACCGAAACAACCUGAGGGACCUGGAGAAGGACAAGGACCAGCUGUCCAAGAGGAUUGACGAGCUCAAACAGAGUAUCAGCGAGACGACAGGCGCAGAGAGCCAGCUGCGUGCGGAGCGCAUCGAGAAGCUGCAGGCGGACCUCGACACCCUCAGCUUCCAAGACUCCACCCUCACCCAGCAGGUCGACCAAUACCAGAAGGCCGUGGACAGGGCCAAGGACGAGCUCGGCAAGAUGAAGCGAGAGGAGAGGCCGGCCCAGGUGGCUCUAGACGCUAACCAGAGGAACCUCAGGACCAUGGAGAACAGUCGCACCAACCGCCUGCGCCGCUUCGGAGAGCAGAUGCCUGGGCUGCUGGCCGCCAUUGAGGAGGCCCACCAGAGGGGCAGGUUCAAGCACAAACCCAGAGGGCCUCUGGGCUACUGUAUUGGUCUGAAGGACCCAGAGCUGGCCCUGGCGGUGGAGGUGUGUCUGAAGGGCCAGAUGCAGGCGUUUACGUGUGAUAACCAUGAUGACGAGCGUGUGCUGCAGGGCCUGAUGAGCAGGGUCUACCCUCGGGGCAGACCCUCCAUCAUCACCAGCCAGUUCUUGCCUCAUAGGCAUGACACCAGCAGGAGGGAGGUGAACCACCCCAACUACCCCUCCGUACUGCAGGCUCUGGAGAUUGAGGACCCCGUUGUGGCCAACUGUCUUAUUGACCAGAGAGGCAUUGAGUGCAUCCUGCUCAUCAAGGACACAAAGGAGGCCCGCAUGUUGCUGCAGGGCAGGAACCCCCCGAGGAACUGCUCCCAGGCCUUCACCAAGGACGGAGACCAGGUGUACACCAACCGCAGCUACGCCUCGGACCAGAGGAGGCCCAACUUCCUCAGCGGGGACGUGGAGGAGGAGAUCAGGCACCUGCAGGGGGAGAUAGAGAACCAGAGUGCCUACAUGGUGCGCUCUAGGCAGCAGAUGAAGAAGGUGGAGGACGACGUGAGGCAGAACGAGGGCCUUCUGAAGAAGGCCCACGAGGAGAGAAAGAGGACCAAGGACAAGUCUACGAAGCUGCAGCUGGAGAUAUCAGACCUGCAGAACGUGGAGGAACCUCAGUCUGAGGACCUGCGACCUCUGGAGGAGGAGCUGCAGGAGAUCCUGGAUAAGAUCGCCUCGUCGCGUGUGGAGAACGAGGAGGCGCGAGGCAGGAUGGCCCAGCUGAAGGCUGACUGGGAGGCGGGGAACCGGGAGUACCAGCAGCACAAGGAGCAGAUCAGCAGCGUGGCCGAGGAGGCCGAGCCCAUCAAGGAAGAACUAAAUAAGAAUGACCUCGAGGUGGAUAGGAAUAAGCGCCACAAGAAACACUACGAGGAGAAGCGCAUAGUUCACCUCAAAGGCAUCCAGGACCUAGAGGCCGCCCUGCAGGACAAGGAGAAGGAACUCACAACGUCCAUCGUCAAGGCGUCUGAGAUCUGUCCGGAGCGCUUGGAGGUACGGAGGUCAGCCAAGAGUCUGGACACUGAGAUCAGCCGACUGAAGCUGAAGAUCAGUUCCCAGCAAGUCCAGCAGGGGGACCCUGAGGAUAUCAUCAGACAGUACCACGACGCCAUGGAUAGCUACAAGACCGUCUCCAUGCAGGUGAAGAACCUCAACCAGUUCGUCCACCUGCUGGGACACAUCAUGAACGACCGGCACAAAGUCUACACGGAGCUUCGCAUGUAUCUGGCUGUGAGGUGUAAGUACUACUUUGACUCCAUGCUGUUCCAAAGAGGUUACACAGGGAAGAUGACCUUUGACCACAGGAAAGAGACCAUGUCCAUCUCGGUCCAGCCAGGGGAAGGGGACAAGGCUUCUCUGAGCGACAUGCGCUCUCUGUCCGGCGGGGAGCGCUCCUUCUCCACCGUGUGUUUCGUUCUGUCCCUCUGGGCCAUCGCCGAGGCGCCGUUCCGCUGCCUUGACGAGUUUGACGUCUACAUGGACAUGGUCAACCGAAGGAUCUCAAUGGAUAUGAUGUUGAAGGUUGCUGCCAGCCAAAGACACCGGCAAUUUAUCUUCCUCACCCCACAGAGCAUGAGCUCUCUUUCUGUAAACCAUCUGAUUCGGAUUCUCCGGCUGAAUGAUCCAGACCGCAGUCAAUCGGCCCUGCCUUUCGGCCAGAGGAACCAGGAGGAAGAAGAGGACUGAGAAAGAAGGAAGACACUGACUGAAGCACUGUUACUGCACACACUUGGUAACGAUGUGUGUUUUAAGUGUGUAAAAUAUUUAGAAAAUAUUUGUACAAUUCUGUUCUGGUUGAGAAAUUUGUAUAUAAUUUAGUUUUGGAUUUUUUUUAUGACUGAACUUGUCAUUUUAGUUCCCAGUGCAAACCAUUUACUUAUUACUGUAAAUGUUAUGGGAUGCAUGAAAGCACAUGCAUGUGUAGCAGUGUAUUUGUCUCUUUUUUUCUUCCUUUCCUUAAUUUUGAUAAUCGUAUGAGACACACCUAAAGUUUGUUGUAAUUUUUACAUUUUCUGAAUAUUAUAUACAAACAACUGCAUGGCAAAAAAAAAAAAUAUAUAUUUCAGCUGUUUUGGGCCAGUUGAAAAAAUAAAUAUAUUCAUGUUUUGUACAGAAGUUGGCAGUUGUGAGAUGUUUUUUACUUUUAAAGGUAAGACCAGAGAUUGUGAGGAGGGUCAUGAAAAGUCAUCUUUUUAAAUAAAGUUCACUACAUUUUGUCUCA